AUAGAUAAUAUAAUUAAAAUGACAAGCACGUGUGACUUGAGACAAGAGGAGUCAUCGUCAGUUGUUAUUAAAAGUGACUUGGGACGUGCCACGAGGAUGGCAAGAUUAAAAUUUCUCGUUGGAUUAAAUGCUACUGAUGAUGAUACUCCAAAGGAUAACAUUAAUCAUGAGCGAGACAACCUUCCAAAUGUAAAUAAACAACUCGAAAAUAUUGUUACGUACAGCAACGUUAAUUCAAGUUACGGAGACAGCACUAACAAAGUUACUAAUGAUUAUGAUGAUGUAUUGGUUAAAGAUUAUGACGGUGAAGUACUAUACCAAAAUAACGUCGAAGCCUUGAAUAGUUUCAGUCAGUUAUGUACACAGUCGGUGGAUACAGCGCCUAGUAGUUGUAGUGUUACGUGCCCGAACAGCCCAACAAAGUCAAGUAAUUCAAGUAGUACUAUCAAUACAACUACAGUAAUGAGUAGUUGUGAAGGGGUUAGGAGACGACACAGUACUAGUGUUGAAAUUACUGCAUUGACUAAUGUUAAAACUGGACAAGAUGGUAUGCCGGUUAUAAGUUUUAGUUUUUUACACACUGAUGACGUUGAUCCUGGAGUGAGUGAUAAUAAAAUAAAUAAAAAAGAUCAUUUAAAUUUGCAUGGCUCAUGUGAUGUGUAUGAUUUUCCAAAAACACGUGGAUUAGGAGGUUAUGAUUCUAUUGGCAAAUCGGAGCAAGGAUUAUAUGAGGACUUUAUAAACACAAGUGCACGUAAGUCUUUAGAUUUAGAUUCUCUGUACGAUUUUCCAAAAACACGUCGCUUGAGUGUCCGAAGAAUAAAACUAAUGAGAAAUAAAGAUUUUAAGAUGGGCGGAGAUGAGAAUAAUGACGACCGAGUCUACGAAAUUCCGAGGUCAAAAGAUGAUCUUGACCUUAAAAAGGAUAAAUAUUUAACUGACUCACAACAAAAGUCUUUUCAAUCUUUAAACAUCAAGAUUAUGGAAACCGCUGUGGUUCCUAUUCCUAUUACUGCGGAGGGUUCAUACUCGGAUCCAGAGUGCCCGAAAGAAAGUUUGAAGAGUCGGGAGAAACGUAGAAAGCAUCGUCGGCUAGGUAAAGCCUGGACUCGCAUGCGAUCGUGGCUGCGUGAUGAGAAAUUAAAGCUCGGCGAAGUUGUUCAGAGGCACGCUAAACUCCAAGCUGUCGGUGUUGUUCGUGCAAAGCAAAGUGAGGAUGAUGAUGAUGAUAAUGAUAUUAACAGCAAUAUCAGUAAAGGCAAAGGAGGUAACCGGUGUGGAUUUUAUGAUCUGGUAGCUGCGCGUACCCGGGAAUUUGGUUCGGUCGUUGAGGAACAGGAGGAAGGUCAGGUCGCUUCUAUUGCUGCAGUAUCUCAUGCUCAUGAUAUUAAAAGGCCAGAUUGUGAGUAUGGUGGUGAUCAUGUGGAGGAUGAGGAUCAUGUGGAUGAGAAUUCUCACGACCUACAGACCCGGAAGGCUUUAGAAUGUUGUCAAGUUGAGAAAGUGAAGACGACGGGCAAGCCGGAAAUGAUGAGCGGAAAACUACGGAAGAGGAUUGCCAGCUCGGAGAAUGUCAGUAGGAUAAAGCUCAAGCUGACUCCAGUAUCUAUUAGCCUCGACAAAUUGUGUAACGACGAUGAUAAUAAUAAUAUUAAUCAUAAUAAUAAUAAUAAAAUUAAUAAUGAUAAUGAUGAAGAUGAUAAUGAUGAUGGCGGUAAUCGUCGUAAGGAUGAUUGUGGUGAUGGAGAUCAGGGACACAAGAAGAGACACAGAUUCGAAGACAAGGAAUUGCGAUCACACGUGGGGAAAGGUGGUUUAAUCAAGCGGCGAAUGCUCGGGUCAAUAAGAGGGUUAAUGGCAUCAACUCAUCUACUGCACCAGCAUGAUACUGAAGAGACUGGUCCCGGUGGCUUUGAAGACAUACGGAGGUAUGUUAAACAAGGCGGAGAUUUUUGCAAAGAACUCGCAGCUAUUCUUCAUGAAAGAGCUGAAUUAGAAGCUUCCUACGCAAAAGGACUGUCCAAAUUAAGUAGCAAGUUAACGAAAGCCUGUUCAAAAGACCAAGGUGGAAACAGCUCUGGAGGUGUUAAUGAGGCGUGGAGAAAUGUCGGUGAAGAGAUGGAGGCUGCUGCAGAAGCUCACCGCGCUUGGGGAAUCGCUCUAAGUGAACAACUGGCAAAACCAUUGAGGGUGGGUGUAGCAGAGGCUCAAGGCCGUUCCCGUAAGGCCAUCGAGAGUUCAGUGGACAAGGCGUCGAAAUCGCUGCAGGAAUGGCGUGGAGUAGCGGCUAAAAGUAAGAAGCAGAGUUUUGCGUGUGCUCGGGAAAAUGAGCGGCUUCAAGAUUUGGCUCGGAUUCAAUCGAUUAGCCAGAGCCAGCAGAACAAUAACAAGACAUCGAGCCAUCAUAUGACCGAGAAAGAGGUCAAUAAACUUGAGAAUAGACGGAGAAAGGCCGAGGACUCGUCACGUAGAGCCGAUACCGAGUUCUACACUGUCAGCGUGAGAGCUGAGAGAGCGAGACUCGAGUACGAGAGCACUGUGAGAAAGGGCGCCAAGCAGAUGGAGUUACUCGAGGAAGAGAGGCUCAGUGCUCUCAAGGAUCUAGCUAAUGUUUAUUUGGCGCAUUUGCAAGCACUUGCUCCUCGUCUUCAACAGAGCGCUGACCGUCUAGCAACACCAGUACGUAACUGUAGUGUUGCCCAAGAUAUUGAUAUCCUGAGAAAUUUAAUACGGCGUAUGGACAGCAACGAUGCGUCAAGUGUUGACCAGCUGCUUCCUGACUUUUACGCUGAGCACGUGACCUUGGCGAUGAAUCGUGAGCGACGAAAGCAAGCACUUGUGAGAGUGAUGCAUUUAAUAAGACAGGAUUUGGAGAGAGAGAGACGAGGGAGAGAAGGUCUGGAGACACUCCACCGUGCAUUUAUUCAAACACCUGCAUUCGCUGCCGACGAAAGUACUCAAAAUGUCACGGACAAAUUGCAUCACAUGCGUUCAAUGCUGACGUAUUUGGAGGCUGCUAGGUAUAAAGUUGCUGGCGCACUUGUUGAAGUUGAAGGUGGUAAAAGAGGUAAACAUCCUCUGGCUGAGCACAUUCUUGUAUCUCGCGACAAGCAGGGUCUUCAGCAGAGUGUUCUUAAGAUACCCGCGUGGGCUAAAAAUGAAGUAUUCCAAUUUCCGGAUGUUGAUGAGGAUCUUGUUGAUGAUAUUCAUCUGACUAAAGACGCCGAAAAUGAGCGACACCAGUGGAUCGAUCGCACUGCUGGAGACGGUAACUCGGAAAAUCCUCCGGAUGAAGAAGACUUUAGCGAUUUUGAUGAAUUCAGCAGCCAGUCUGAAGAUAAUAACAAUCAGGAUGUUGACGUUUCUGAUAUGGGAGAUAAUAAACAUGAUCAGCUUGAGCAGUGUCGUGCUAUUUAUCAGUACGCGGCUAAUCUUAAUGAUGAAUUGAGCCUUACACCGGGUGAUUUGAUUACUAUACAUGAGAAACAACCGGACGGAUGGUGGAUUGGCGAGUGUGCGGGUAGAACGGGAAUAUUUCCUGCUACUUAUGUUCAAGUUAUCCGUUGA